CGACACGAUUUGUAUUGCCCUCUCAGCAACCGAAGUACGACCAGAACCUUCACCCUUGGUUUUCACGACCGGGCGCCCAGACACUGCGGAAUCUCCCUUCCAACAUGUUCCAAUCGCAACAAAAUCCACCCCGUGGUGCCCCGCUGGGCUCGAACAGACUUCAGAACGGCAAACUGGGAAACGCGUCUCAGUGGGCGUUUGGAGGUCCUAUGGGCGGUGCACCGGGGCUAUCAAACACGCAACCACGAACAAACGGAGCCAUGUCAAGCUUUGCGCAAGCAAUGAGCAGCUCGCAACCCCACACGUCUCUCAAUCUUGAGGAGUUUCCGUCGCUUUCUGGCGCGCCUCAGGCGCAGCAAAAUACCCCCGCGCAGCAGAUGUGGGCGAAUCCGAAUAUACGAACGCCACAACAGCAGCAGCAGCAACAACAACUUCAGCAGCAACAGCAGCAACAGGCGCAGCAACAACAGGCACAGCAGCAGCAACAGCAGCAGCAACAACAACAACAGCAACAGCAACAGGCCCAGCAGCAACAACAGCAACAGCAGGCGCAGCAACAGCAACAACAGCAGCAGCAGCAGCACUCGACAAUCCAAAGACCGCAAGGCCAGGCGCCACAGCAAGGUCAAACUGCUCCGGCAGCGAAUCAACAAAUACAAACUCAGGGGCUCGAGGAUGCAGCACAAAACCAGUUCCCCGGAGCUGCUGACGACUACCGGUUUGGCGGGCAGUCAGGAGUUGGACUGCUGUCGGGCGGUACCCAACCACAGACAGGCAACAUCGAGGAAUUCCCGCCAUUAGGCGGUGCCAAUGGAGAAAUUGGGCCGGAUCGAAGAGCGGGGUUGAUACAAAAUGCUGCGGCUUUCAGUGCCAACGCGAAUGCAGGCGCCUUCCCGGGGCUGGGACAAACGCGCAACGGCCUCUCGAGUCCAGUCGACAGUCAACCAGAGCGGACGAUAAAUCCCACAGUAGGUGGCAGAGGUCUGCCUGGUGCGGUGUCACGGACGCCCUUUGAUAAUGCGCGAGCGACGCCCACAUUGCCAGAGGGUACCCAGCGAACAGGACAAACUCCCGGUGGUCUCUCUUUCCUUGGUCCUCAAUUAGGGAUGCGUGCAGGUGAUAUUGCGGCUAUGGGUCAACAGCCUCAGCGGAGCCAGUUCGAGCAGGCGUUUGGCCCUGAUUCAACCGGCUCACCAAACACACAAACAUCGUUGCAUAAGAAGCUUGCAGAAAUGUCAGAGUCGGAACGAUAUGGGCUGCCUGGAUUACUCUCCAUGAUACCCCUUGAAAGCCCCGAUUAUUCUUCGCUCGCAAUGGGUCAAGAUCUCACCGUACUGGGUCUGGAUCUGAGUCGACCAGAUAAUUCGCCUCUGCAUCCAACAUUUGGGUCGCCGUUUGUGGAAUCAAAUGUCAAGCCUGUGAUACCACCAGACUUCACAUUACCAGCAGCCUACACAGUGACCAAUGUUCCGCCACUCCACUCCAAGAUGACCAGUUUCUCCGCCGAGACGCUCCUCGCAAUCUUCUACCAAUUCCCGAGAGACAUCCUGCAAGAGAUUGCGGCACAGGAGCUGUACAACCGCGACUGGCGGUGGCACAUCAAGCUCCAGCAGUGGAUGAUGAAGGACCCGGAUCUCCCAGCACCGAUCCGUUUGUCGCCAAAAGAGGAGCGCGGGUGGUAUCUAUUCUUCGACGUCACAAAUUGGAGGAGGGAGAGGAGAGAGUUCGAGCUCAACUACGAUCAUCUGGAUCAACGGCAUGGCAGCCCUGCUAUGGCGGGACAGAUGUAGCAUGUCUUCCCUUCUUGAAGGUUGCUGGUUGCAGCGGAACCCUCCCCUUGGGCUGACUGCAUCUACUGGUUGUAGUGCUGCUUUGGGCGUGCUUCUGUCAUGAGGUGCACGUCUGGGUCUACUGACCCUCGUUGCGAAUGAAAAAUUCUGCGGACC